UUAGAUUUCCCAUUCUUCUAGACUAUUUUAUUGAAGUUUUGUGUUUAAAUUCCCAACUGCCAUGGAUCUGAAUGAUGAAAAACAAGAGACCAAUGCCACCAACCCUUCAGUGCAACUUCCCAGGAUUUCUACUAAUAUUCAGCCAAACACUGCCUCAGAAAAAAUAAAUCCACCAGCAGAUGUAGCUAUCACAUCUGAUUCAGACAAAGACAAAGAUGUUCCAGUUGCAUUAAAUAACUCUUUUGAGAUGAUAAAAAACACUCCUGAGAAGAGUAUUGUCCCUGACUGCCCCUCUGAGUUUGAAACAGCUCCAGAUAUUACUGGAUCUCUUGAAGCAGCAUCAGCAAUGCCAGUGACACCUAUUACUCACAGUAAUAAUCCAAAUGCUGAUGUUGCUGCCAUUGCUUGUGUAACUGACAUCAAAGCAUGUGCCAGUGGAGGUAACAGUGCACCACCUGGUCAGCUAAGUGCCAGAAAGAAAGGCUGGCCAAGAGGUCGCAAAAGACGAUGUUUACCAAAAGAUGCUCCUAAAGCUCCCCUGUCAGGCUACAUGCUGUACAUGGCGGCACAGAGGGAGGAGCUACGACUUAGCGAGUCUCCGCCCUCCUUUGCUGAGCUGGCCAAGAUUGUGGCCCACAAAUGGGCUGGUAUGGAUGCUGCUCAGAAGCAGAAAUACCUUGAUGCUUCUGAAGUCGAAAAGGAAAGGUACCAGAAGGAGCUGUUGGUGUACACAAAGACUGACUCGUAUAAGAAUUUCAUGGCACAGCAAAAGCAACAAGAAGAAAGCCUUGCUGAUGAAUCUGCUGUCAACAUCAACGCUGCCAUGACAACCCCAAACAAGCUUCAUAUGGAAGACCUCACUGCCCCACACAAGACCCCAAUUGAAGAUGAGGCUUCCACUCCUCCUGACACUAAACGUCCCAGGCGGGAAUGCCCAUCUUUGAUCUCCAAUGGCAUUGUCACGCAAGCCAAAGAUGACAGUGAUGAUUUUAGUUUCUAUGAUAGUUCACUACCACUCGAAAUUCCCAUCUUCACGGAGCAGUUCUUGAGGCACAAUAAAGGUCGCGAGGCAGAGCUGCGGCAGCUGCGCAAGUCUAACGUUGAGUGCGAGGAGCAGAACGCGUUGUUACACAAGCACAUCGACUCCUGCAGACUGAGCCUGCAGAGGUACGAAGCAGAGACUGCAGAGCUGAAGAAGAAGUCGGAGGCUCUGCAACGUCACCUCAGUAAGCUCAGAGAGGAUCUGGCCGCUGCCUUCACCUCCACUCCCGCCCCAGGUUGGACGACGCCACCCACGGCCAAAUGUAUAGACGAAUACCUGGCGUCCCUGCACGCCGCCCUCACCGCGUCGCCCCCUGCCGCCCUCAACCGCUCCGUGCAGCUCACCGUCCAGCACAUUGUGACGGGCCUCCUGCUGCAGUGAUGUGUCGUGUGAUGAUGUGUGAUAUGCUGAUGUGUGAUGUCGUGAUGUGUUGUAUUGUGUCCUGCAGUGAUAUGUGAUGUGGUGUUGUUGUUGUUGAUGUUCCCCGAGCCCCGGUCACGCCAGGAAGCCCGCGCCGCGCAGGAAAGCCGCCACCCGAGCCGGCUCGGACCACAACUGCGUGAUGGAUGUUAUGCCUGCCGGCGCCUGGGUGCUGCCAGCUCCGGGCACUCGAGCAGAAGAUGCUUGACGGUGUGGGGGAGUGAAUGACAUUGGGGGCACAGGUCCGUUUGAGUGCUGUCCAGGCGGUGUUUGUAAGAGUUUAGCGAGGUGGUGUUGUGUGAUGUGUGAUGUUGCGACGUGUUGUACUGUGUCCUGCAGUGAUGUGGCAUGUGGUGUUGUCUGAUGUGCUGAUGUUUGAUGUCGUGAUGUGUUGUACUGUGUCCUGCAGUGAAGUGUGAUGUGGUGUUGUGUGAUGGGUGAUGUGUUGUACUGUGUCCUGCAGUGAUAUGUGAUGUGGUGUUGUGCGAUGUCGUGAUUCGUGAUGUGUUGUACUGUGUCUUGCAGUGAUGUGUGAUGUGGUGUUAUGUGAUGCGGUGAUGCGUGAUGCAGUGAUGUGUGAUAUGGUGUUAUGUUAUGUGGUGAUGUGUGAUAUAGUGUUGUGUGAUACAGUGAUGUGUAAU